AUGACCUUCCUUAUCCAUGACUUGAAGUUCCAAAUUGACAAUUCUAUGUCAAAGGAACUGAAAGAUUGCACUUGGACAGCCAGGUCCGUAAGUCAUUUGGCCGAUUUGACACCCGGGUUCCCGCUUACCUCCGCCCCUGGCUGCCCUCACCUGCCCCGCCGCGGGCCCAGAAACUGCGGCAGCUCCAGCUGCGGCCCCGCCUUCGCCAGCUCCAGGGGAAGACUCGUCAGCAAAGAGGUGUCCGGCCUGCACACGGCAGCCACGGCCGCCCAGCUUCCUUUGCAGCCGCUGUCGCGAUGCCGGCGCUUAGUUAUACCGUCACCUCCUUCCGGGCCCUUCCGCCUCAGCCCCUCCCCGCCCCGCGUGCCGGCGGAGAGAGCCCGCGACGACCCGGCGCUGGGGCCGCGGCCCCGCCUUCCCUCGCCGGUGUGGACGUCUGGCUCUUACGUGUGCCGUGUCGUCCCGACCCCCGACUCCGUCCCCUACCCGGCGCCUCCUUCUACAAGGUGUCCUGCCCUGCCCUGUCUCAUCAAUAGAAUGGAGAUGGAUAUAAUGGAAUACCAAGGGUUGGGUUCCAGGCGCCAUUUACCCCAGGUGCAAGCAGUAAGGGUGUGACUAUAGAGAAGAUACAAAGUAUAGUAAAACUGACUACAAUGUGGUUUGCUUUUAAUUAUCAUGUAUCAGCAAAUUCUAAAUGGUGUCAAUAAUAAAGUACUCCUCCCCCAAACAAAAGCUUUUCUUAGUCUUCCUAAACAGUUGCUA